UAAUAUGUAUUAUUUUAACAGUCAUUGUUAUCAAGUGAUAUCAUAUAAUAGGCAUAUAAUAUAAUGUUGUGCAAUUACUCCAAGCUGUGUUGAUGCAAAAGAAAACUGAGAAUCAGAUUCUAAACUAAACAAAACAACAAGCGACAAAAUGGCUGCCAUAUUUCCAAACCAAAACCUCAUGCAGCCGCCUGACCAAAGAAAUGAACCCAAUCAGCAAAAUCAAAGAUACAGUCGACAGUACCAGCCUUAUGUCUUCCAACCAAACUUUCUGAAGCAACAAAUGCGACAACGGGAGCUUGAGAAAGCUACUCACCUCGGCCAGCUCGACGCCACCAACCAGGCCUCCAUGAGAGCAUUAAUGCAGGGGAGAAUAAGUGGGGGAAACCAAAUGUCCGCUGCCAAUCUUUUGGAUGAGGCGAACCGGAAAAAAUCUGGCAGAAAAGUUAUAGAUUGGACGUCAUCUUGUACUAUUUAUCUUGAGCGUCGCCGAUGGCAACGGGAAUCAGAAGACGUCCCAUCUUUACUCCCCGACGCUUCGUUCUCGAUAGAAAUGCAAUCAACGAUGGCGUAUAAAGAUAGUUCCUGUUCAAGUGUUGCAACCAAGUUUGUGAGGAGUGCAACAAACAAAAUGAAGUGCCCUGUCUAUAAGGUUGUUUGGACACCAGAUGGCAGAAGAUUGGUCACUGGUUCAGCUAGCGGGGAAUUUACUUUAUGGAACGGAACGGCUUUCAACUUUGAAACAAUUCUACAGGCACACGACAGUCCAGUUCGAGCAAUGUCUUGGUCCAAGAAUGACGCAUGGUUGAUAACAGGGGACAACCAAGGUUAUAUAAAGUACUGGCAAUUAAACAUGAAUAAUGUGAAGAUGUACCAAGCACAUAAAGAUCAAGCUUGUCGCUCUGUGUGCUUUGGGCCAACUGAUGCCAAGUUCGCAACAGCAAGCGAUGAUGGGACGGUAAGAAUCUGGGAUUUCUUACGCUGCCAAGAGGAACAUAUACUAAAAGGGCAUGGCGCUGAUGUUAAACAAGUUGACUGGCAUCCACAAAAGGGUUUGUUGGCUUCAGCAAGUAAAGACCUUCACACCCCUGUUAAACUAUGGGAUCCUAAGUCAGGACAAAGUUUGGCAACAGUCCACGCACAUAAGGGAACAGUAAUGGACAUCAAAUGGAACAGAAAUGGCAACUGGUUUUUGACGGCUUCUCGUGAUCAUUUGGUUAAAUUAUACGACAUCAGAAACUUGAAAGAAGAAGUUCAGUAUUUUCGCGGUCACAAAAAAGAAGCUUUUUCUGUUGCGUGGCACCCAAUACAUGAGGAGAUGUUUGCCAGUGGUGGAUCUGAAGGAAGCAUCAUGUAUUGGCAAGUUGGUGAGGACAAGGAGAUUGGAUCAUUAGAAGGCGCCCAUGAUAGUUUAAUAUGGAGUCUUGCGUGGCACCCACUUGGUCACAUACUCGUGUCAGGUUCAAAUGAUCAUAGCACAAAAUUCUGGACCCGCAAUCGACCGGGAGACCAAAUGCGAGAUCGUUAUAACUUGUUCCCCCACAAUGAAGACCCCGCACCUAUUGAUAGAACAACUAAUAAGAAUGAUGGCGGCAACAUUAGGAUCACAACAUCUGUUAUACCAGGCAUGGGUGAGGUCGAUGCUGUCGUUGCUGACGUCGCAAAACGUGACGAGGAAGCCCAACAGAAAGUCGGGAUACCCGGUCUUGAUUGGUCGUUCGAAGAAAAGAACGAAUUUGAUCGCAAGAACCUAAUUCAUGACCACCGAAAAAAGAUCCCGUACUCGCGUCCCGUACCCCGAUUAUUCGCUGCCGCGUGGGAUUCGAACAAAGAAGUCGCUCGUCACCGAUCUCCCUCCCCUCCAAGGUUCAAGGAUCAGAAUUAUUAUCCUGAGAGGAGGUUCCAUCGUCCCAGGGAUGACAGGGGUCCUCCGGACAUGCCUCCAGAUGAGAGGGGGAUGGAGUUUCAUCCUCGCAUGGAGUUUCAGAACAGGGGCGAGCAAGAGAUGUUGGGAGAUUUUCCUCCGCAAGGAAUUCCUCCCGAGCAAAAUUUCCAGCGAUCUUUAGAAGAAAAUGAGCAAACUGAGCAGAUGUACAGAGACCCUGAGUUAAACUAUGACAUGCAAGCGAUGGGUGAUUUCGGAGACCCUGCGUUACUAAAGCACAUCGAACGUAGACCGAUAGAUGAAAACUUUCAGUCGGAAAACUUUGGCCACCCCCGCCCUCCACAGGGUAACUUCCGUGGUAUGCCACACAACAGAGGGAAUAUGAACAACCAGCAGAACCAUAGACCUCAUGGUGUAAUGGAGUACGACAAUAUUGUCGUCCAUGAUGAUUUUGCCGGAUAUAAUCAACAACAGGAGUUCUUUGUUGGUGAUAUGCAGAAUAAUUCGUUCAAUAAACCGAUACAAGGGUUUGAAGAGGGGAAUGAGUUUAAAGUGGAACAGGAACGAAAUAACUUUGAACAGAUGCCCCAACAUGCAAUGGAACCACAACAGCAUAUAGGACAGGGUUUCGAACGAAGGUUGGACAAUCAAUAUAAUUUCCAUGACGCCCCUCGGGGAAGGGGGCGUGGUAGGGGUAAACGAUUCGGGUUCGGCGACGCCCCUAAUCGCAGAGGGCGGGGCUGGACUCAAAGGGGGCAUCGAACCCCACCUAGAAUGAGAAGGGGAAGAUAGUUUUUUCUAUUUCUACAAAUUAAAAUCAUUGCCGUUAAAAAUUUGUUACUCGAAUUACAAUUCCGUGCUUCAUUGUCUGUAAUUCCAAGUUUCAAUUCCCAACUUUUCAAAUUUCGCAGAAGUAAAACACUUUUAUACAUUCGAAAUGUUCAAAUUUGUGACCGAAACUACACUGCAGUUUUGUAUCUUAGUCACCUGCACUGUUUUAAACUUCCAAGGCCAUUAAAACUCAAGACAAACUGUUUAUAUAAAA